UGGGCAAGUCAAGUGUGUAGCCUUCUGAAGGGCGCAAAUUAGCCUGCUGGCAAGUAGCCUACAGAGAAAGUAGUUGGCUACUGAAGUAAAUUCAGUUAUCAGUGAGAACUGAGAGGCUGUUUCCCACGCAUAUAUAGGUCAACAACUGUGUAUGAUAUGAUGCCUAAAGAUGAGGAGACUUAGCUCAAGUCUGCACACGCACACAGUCUUGUCGAUUCAUCAGCACGCGAGGCACCUAGCUCCACUCGUCACGAUUUUAACGCUGGCCGCCUGAUGCCUAUAUGCCUGUUUGAGCACGACGAAGACACCUGCCAGUGUUUCGCUUUACUGUGCACUUAUUUUUGUGGAAUUAAAUUCGUUUUCAUUGCGUUGAAUUGCCAUAGGAUAGGAAACUAUAGGCAGGACUUGCAUUUUAAGAAUGUGGACAAUUAGCUCUUUAUAUUUUCACCUUUUAUUUUUUACUUCAAAUUAUUUACAUUGUAUGAUUGACGAGCAGCUGGAUUGUUAAAGCUCCAGUCGUAUGUGAGGUCGUGGGCUACAACUCACACGGAGGAAUCGUCUGGCCAUUCGAUUUCCACACCCGAAGCGUGCUGAUGUCAGUGCAUGACACCAUCGGAGCGGCAGAGAGGCUUCCUAUCGCUCGGCCCUGAGGGAUAUAGAGACUGGGGCGUCUGUGUUCUCUAAACCUUCUGAAUGAAGACGAUUGCUAUAAUGGACUUGAAAGUUGAGCCAGGAGAGAUGGACUGCGAUCAACCACCUCCAAUUGAGGUUUUCGCGAAUACUUCAACACUGCACGGCAUCUCGCACAUCUUUUCCUACGACCGGAUCAGCAUCAAACGCUGCCUGUGGCUGCUAUUUUUUCUGAGCUCGCUGACGCUUCUACUGUAUGUGUGCACAGACAGGAUUCAGUUCUACUUGGAGUAUCCGCACGUUACCAAACUGGAUGAAAUCACGACACCUGUGAUGGUGUUCCCCGCUGUCACAUUCUGCAACCUGAACUCUUUUCGCUUUAGUAAAGUCACUCGCAAUGACCUGUACCACGCGGGGGAACUGCUUGCACUGCUUGGUCCCAGGUAUGAAAUCCGGGACCAACACUUGGUGGAUGAAAGUGUCCUUGAGGCUCUCAAGGUCAAAGCUGAUUUCCACAACUUCAAGCCACGACCAUUUAACAUGCGAGAGUUUUACGACAGGACAGGUCACGACAUUAACAACAUGUUGCUGUCUUGUCGUUUUCGUGGGGCUCCAUGCCGGCCAGAGGACUUCAAAGUGGUGUUCACACGCUAUGGGAAAUGCUAUACGUUUAAUGGGGGAAGUGACCAGUCCCCACGGAUCAGUGUGAGAGGUGGAAUGGGCAGUGGCCUGGAGAUGAUGCUGGACAUCCAACAAGACGAGUAUCUGCCUGUGUGGGGAGAGUCAGAUGAGACAUCUUUUGAGGCCGGAAUCAAAGUUCAGAUCCAUGGUCAGGAUGAGCCGCCCUUCAUCGACCAGCUGGGCUUUGGGGUAGCACCAGGCUUCCAGACAUUCGUCUCAUGCCAGGAGCAGCGGCUGAUGUAUUUACCUCCACCCUGGGGAGAGUGCAAGAUGACUGCCAUAAGCUCUGACUUCUUUGAGGUGUACAGCAUCACCGCCUGCCGUAUUGACUGUGAGACGCGCUACCUGGUGGAGAACUGCAACUGCCGCAUGGUGCAUAUGCCUGGUGAUGCCCCAUACUGCACGCCAGAGCUCUAUAAGGAAUGUGCUGAUCCUGCUCUAGACUUCUUAGUGGAGCGAGACAAUGACUUCUGCAUGUGCGACUCCCCAUGCAACAUGACACGCUACAGUAAGGAACUGUCCUUUGUCAAGAUUCCCAGCAAGGCUUCUGCUAAAUACCUGGCCAAGAAGUACAACAGAUCAGAGGAGUACAUUGAGGAUAAUAUAUUGGUGCUAGACAUCUUCUUUGAGGCACUGAACUAUGAGACCAUUGAACAGAAGAAAGCCUAUGAGGUUGCUGGACUAUUGGGUGAUAUUGGAGGGCAGAUGGGACUCUUUAUUGGAGCCAGUAUCCUAACCAUCCUGGAGCUGUUUGACUACUUGUACGAGGUGAUCAAAUACAAGUUGUGCCGCUGUUCUGACAGGAAAGACUCGCAUGGUGCUGGAGGCAGCCAGGGGGCUGUUCUUAGGUUGGAUGAUGUCAAAUGUCACAUGACUCAUUAUCCAUAGCAUGGGAUCCUUAUCAGUAGCUACAACUUGGUUUCAGUAGCCAUCGUCUCACUCCAGAACCAGCCAGCACUUCAGAGUCUCAUCUUCUGGGGUCUUUUACGAGCAUUCUGCCUCUGAGGAUCUCAAGGACCAAAUUUGACACAUUCCUGUAUUAGGUCAUCAAGUACUUAGAUUGUCAUGUUCUGGGAGGUUUUAGAACCUCUGUUCUAGCAUUCUCUUUUGGUUUGUUUUUGUGCUCAGUAAAUCUUUGUUCUGUAAAGAUUUUGUAAUGAGAAAGCUCACAGCUUUGACUGCUGUGAGUGUUGACGAUGAAGAUCUUUUUCUGAUCAGUGAUCACUGACAUUGAGAUUGAUACUCUCCUAUAUUUCACCACAUUCACUUUCAAAACAUGAGUCACAUCCUAAUAUAUGCACUAUGCAAGAAUGUAAUUUUUACAGUUUGUCUGUAAUGCCCUUCAUUUAAACUUAAAGAAUAUCUUGAAAUCUAAAGGUUAUGAUUGAAUGGAUAUUGUCCUAGAUAACCACAUAGAUGACCAG